AUGAGCGAAAUUUCCGAAUUUGCAAAGCCUUUUCCCCAUCGAUCAGGGAACAUAGCGAAGAUCCAAUACGUAGUAAACUGGGAUGAACUUGGCGUUGAAGCAGCGAAUCGGUACUUGAACCUCACAAGGGUGAUGUAUGAUUACAUGACUCCGUUUGUUUCUAAGAACCCCAGGGAAGCAUUUCUGAACUACAGGGAUUUGGACAUUGGUUUCAACGGCCAUGGUAAGAAUGCUUACGUUGAAGGAAUGGUUUAUGGGCACAAGUAUUUCAAGGAGACGAAUUACAAGAGGCUAACGAUGGUGAAGACGAGGGUUGAUCCUACAAAUUUCUUUAGGAAUGAGCAAAGUAUCCCAACUCUGUCAUCUUGA